AUGAAGUACCUAAACUCCCUUCUGUUGUUGGCCACUGGUGCUCUUUCCCAGCAGGUCACUUAUGAGAAUUCUUCCUCUACUAUUCUUCGAGUGGACAAUGGCACCUACGGCCCUGCAAUUGAAGAAUAUCACUAUUACUAUGACCAAUGGCCGAUCGGAUUAGCCAUCUCCUCGAAAGGACGAUUCUUUGUCUCAUACACUCGAGGAGACUAUGCCUACACUGUCGGAGAGGUGGUCAACAAGACUGCUGAAGCACCAUACCCAUCCCAAGCGCUGCAAGUGCCAGUUGCCGAUCUGAACACAACAUGGAACGGCAUUGCUUUUGGCAGCGGCAACAGCACUGCUUUCAUCUCUGUCCAGGCUCUUUACAUCACUCCUGAGACUAGUACACGUCCCGAGACACUUUGGAUUUUGGACACCGGAAGACCUACCGUCCACAAUGCAGCUGGUGACCCAAGCAUGCCCUACGCUCAGCCAGGAGGCCCUAAGCUCAUGGCCAUCUCCCUUACAAAUGACACCAUCUACCAGACCUACACUUUCCCUAGCACUGUCCACUACCCCGAUUCCUACCUCAAUGAUCUACGUUUCGAUCUGAGAGCCAACGUCUCUGGUACUUCAGGAGGUGGUAUCGCCUACCUGGUUGACAGCUCGAACGAAGGACGCAACGGUUUCAUCAUGGUUGACCUCAAGACUGGUGAAUCGUGGCGCAGACUCGAACAAGACAAAAGCGUUUUGCGUGUGCCCAACGAUGUUCCCACUUACUUCGGCAAGCCUUUCUACUACCGUUCGCUCGGAAUGCCAAUCAGCUGGCAAAAGGAAGGACUUGAUGGCAUUCAGCUCUCCAUGGAUGGCGAGACAAUCUACUACUCUCCUUUGACAUCGAAGACGCUUUACUCGAUCCCAUCUGCCAAUCUUCGUGUGAGAGAUAGCAACCCUCUUGCCGAAGUCUGGGCACACAGCAAUGUAUCCUCGAAGGGUCAACGUGGUGGCGAUGCCAACGGCUUCGAAGGCGACAGCAGUGGAAAGAUUUACCAACUCAUGCCUGAGCAGAAUGCUGUCUACUACUUCGACCCUAGCGAUGGUAUGACCCACGGCUUCCUUCAAGACCCUAGAAUCUUGUGGCCCGAUGGUGCUACUGUUGGUGCUGAUGGCUAUAUCUAUCUCAACAUCAAUCAGCUGCCCUUCCAGCCAGAUUGGAACUUCGGCGUUGAUGGUAGAUUGCAUCCUGGUGCUGUGUUGAGAGCAAAGCUGCCUGAUGGCGCAGUGAAGAUUAACACUUUUUACUGA